CGGGCGUUGCCAGACGGAGCCAAGCCCACAGGACGUGCAGUCAGUCUGCUGCUAAGUCUCUGGAGUUAGCUCGGGAGCUAGCCAUGAGCUAACAAGUAGCUAGCUGAGUCUUCUCAUCUUGCUGCCAUAAUUCAACCUCCGUCAAACGCCCUCCUAAGGCGAACCCUAUUUUAUUUACAGGAUUGAUCAUUUUUUGCUCCUUGUUGCAGCUGGAUUUUACGGUCUUCAUUUUACCAUCCUCCCCUCCAACGCCAGCUCCGCCUUGAACUUUCUACUUUGACACUCAGAUCUCUCAGUACACAGAGCCAUGGCAGCUGCUAAGCCAAAAGGGCAGAACUCUCUCGCCCUUCACAAAGUGAUCAUGGUGGGCAGUGGAGGAGUGGGGAAAUCAGCCCUUACGCUCCAGUUCAUGUAUGAUGAGUUUGUUGAAGACUACGAGCCCACCAAAGCCGACAGUUACAGGAAGAAAGUGGUGCUGGACGGAGAGGAGGUACAGAUUGACAUCCUCGACACAGCUGGACAAGAGGACUAUGCAGCCAUCCGAGAUAACUACUUCCGCAGCGGCGAGGGUUUCCUCUGUGUAUUUUCCAUCACAGAACUGGAAUCAUUUGCAGCAACAGUAGAUUUCAGAGAGCAGAUUCUGCGAGUGAAGGAAGAUGAGAACGUGCCCUUUCUCUUGGUUGGUAACAAGUCAGAUUUGGACGACCGACGGCAGGUUAGCGCAGACGAGGCGAAGGCACGUGCUGAGCAGUGGGGCGUGUGCUAUGUGGAGACUUCUGCCAAAACCCGUGCCAAUGUUGACAAGGUGUUCUUUGACCUGAUGAGAGAGAUCCGGGCGAGGAAAAUGGAGGACAGCAAAGAGAAGAACGGGAAGAAGAAAAGUAAAAGUUUGGCCAAGAGAAUUAGAGAGAGAUGCUGUAUUUUAUAGUGUUAACAGAGAAGCAGGAGAGCUGCUUAUGUACAUAUACAUUUCUCAGACUUUUGCAUUUAUUUUGUGCCCAUACCUGACCAUGACUUUCUGUUCCUGGCUAACAGGACAUCUGACCGUGCGUCAGGGAGUAGUAAGGUGGCACUCCAUACACCAUUUAUAGCUCUAACUUUUUAUGUGCUGACACUCCAAAUAAUUUAUGUACUCUCUCUCUCUUCUCUGAACCACAUUACAGAGUGUAAUAAAUGGAUGGUGUUUAAUUUAGGCCUAAGCUUGACAAGAGGCUAAGCCCUGAAAUGUUACAAAAAAUUUUUCAUUGUAAAGUUUGAUGUGUAUAAUAUAUUCAAGACAACUGUGCAGUUCAAGAGAAAAAAAAACAGAAAGUGUCAGAGCCAAGGUUUAAAUGGGGGGAAGUUGUAACUGGAGCUUGGGUAGGAAGUGAAAUGAACAGACUCAGCAGCGUAGUGUCAACCCAGAAUUCAUCAAGUGCCACAGAGGAAAUGUACGUUGCACUGGUGAAUCUUUGAAGCAUUUUAAUCGAAGGAAUCGUUGCGAAGAGCCGAAAUUUGAUGCCAUUCCUAUUUGUUGUUUUACACCUCGAUUUUACUACGUGGUAAAGUUAUGGACACUUAUUUUUAUCUGUGACGUCAAAGUUUUUUCUCUUUUUUUUUGGUUCUCUAUCAUAUCAACCAGUGUAAGAUAAGCGCACUAAUGUUUCUUUCCCCUCCGCGUCACUUUGUCAAGUCCUCUCAAAUGCACAAACAACAUUCAUUAAUACCCUUAAAUCUGCGAGGGAUUUUACAACACUUGAACCUUUUUCGAUUAUAACAUUUCAGAAGUUUUACCUCACUCGGCCAGUGACUUUCAUUGCCUUUUUUUUUUGCGAUAAAGGAAUCCCUGGUGCUCUGAUAAAAGGCGAUUCCACAACACUACAUCCUUUACAUGCUGUUUUAAAUCUUAAAGUUGCUAAAGUAAAUUGCUUCCAGUCAUGUAAAGUUUAAUUUUGCCUAUUUUUCCUGGCUCAGACUUUUAAUCACCAACAUUGUAGUCCCCUCUUUUUAUUUCAAAUGUAUUUCUUAAUAGGGACUCAAGUGGGAAUAAACGAAUGGAUAGAUGAAUUUUAAGGCAUAAAAUAUCAAAAAUGAAUGACAAGUGUCCAAAAAAAGUUGCUCUCAGUCACCAAAGACAAAUGCUAGCUAGUACAAACAAGUGCCCACUUAUUAAUGGAGGUGAAUGACAACUCGCUAUAGUGAGCAGUGUUUGUGUCUCUUUGUGACACUGAUGGAGGCAGAAGUGAAAGAAUUUCAUCGUGAAUGGCCGGGGAAGAAAUGCAAGAUGACGAGGGAUUUAGUAAUUCAUGUACAGUGCAUCACUGUUGCCUCUCUGUCCAUUGUGAAUGUGAAUACUCCCCCCAUGUCCACCCUGUUUGCCUGUAAUCUUGGCCCGCCGAUGACGUGCAGAGUUUCGAGGUCAUCGGCAUUUCUACUUUAUUUACCUUUGUUGCAUUUUGUGUAAGGCGAUAAAGCUGGAGUAAAGUCUUUAUCCUCACUUCCUCUUGCUCAUGUAGGGAUAUUUUACAGGCAAGUGAUUGAAGCAGUGUAAAAAUCUGGCACAAUGAGAACUUGAUUAACAGCUAAAUUGCAGACCAAAACACACUGUGAAAUCUGCCCCUCCACUCCUCCGAGAUCCCCGUUAUGACUGAGCCACUCUUUAUUUCUUUUAACUUAUUUAAAUAACUUAUUUUAUUAUUUUUUUCAGUAGUUUUUAAAGAGGUUGUUGCCACGCUUCACUCUGAACCAGUUGAAAGAGUAAAUGUGUGGUCAGCCAACAGCUCACCAUUUACAUUAGAAGAUUUCCUCAACCAAUAGGAUGCCUAACACUGGAGUCUAUGCAAAAAAGUAAUUGUUAUUGCAAAGAGAAAGAGAAUAUGGAAACUAUUCAAAACAUUGUCACUGAGUGCACUAGAAGCAUUAAAGCUUGAAAGCUGUUUGGAGAUCUGACCACAGCUCAGAAAACCCAACAAACACCCUGUCUACGCCUAAAAAUAUAUUUAAAAAAUAACAAACACUGUCCACGCAACCUUCAUUUCACAAAAUAUCUCCGUCCACACUUAAGCGCAAAAACGACCCUAAACGCUCACGGGCGUGCACGAAUCGAUUCCCAAACGCUCUGUAUUUGUGGAGUUAGAUUUGUCUCAGUAUUAACUGUGUCAGAAGAUUGACAAUUUGUGUUUAGAUGUGUAAUCUGUAAAUAUCAAACAACAUAAACAAAAAAGAUUUGUAAACUCAGAAAUACAUUUUCACAUAUAAAACAUAUCUGCAAAUACAUAAAUAUAUCUGUGUGCAUAAAAUGCAAAUCUGCAGUGUAGAACUGACAUUCACAAAUGAAAAAUAGAUUCACAGUGUGAUGUCAGAAAUAUAUACAGAAAUGCUUUUCAUUUAUGUGUAAAUUGAUUACGUACUUUGACUUUUUUAUUUGUGUAAUUUGUAUUUGUAGAUCUGUUUUAUAUUUGCAAAAUAGUUAAAAUAUUCUGUAUUUGUGAAAAGGUCUUUUAUAUUUACACAUUACACAUUAGUACAGAUCAUUGAUCUGCUCAAACAAAUAAUAUUGAGACAAAUCUAUCUCCCUACAUUUCACAUGUCUAAUUAGAUAAACAGUACGUGGAGUUUUGAAUAAUCUGCACCCUAUAAGGCAUUUUAAAAAUAAAUCUGUUUUUGUGACUUAAAUCUGUGUGUGGACAAGAGGCCAAAACGUAGAGGAUUUUUUUUUUUUUUUUAAUUGUAUACAUUUUGAUAGGGCCAAAAAUUGCAAACUGUUUUUAUAUUUGACAACGUUUUGUCUCAUUGCGUUAACACAUAAACACUAAGGAAUUCCUGGCUUUGAUUACAGGCUUUGUUUGUCACAUUUCAGUGUGUAACUUGUACAAAAAGACAGUAAUACAAAAGAAUGUCUGCAGUAUUUCUCAUUAACUGAAAAGCACACAGUAGAGAGUUUAAAGAUUGGGCAGACUCGAAAUGUUGGGAACUUGUUGUAUCAGAAUGUUUAGAAAGUAGUUUGGGUUAAUGUGUUUUAAGGGCUAACCUCCAGUACACCACACCACGACUAAAACACACCUGAGAUAAUGAAAGAGGCGGGCGCAGAAGCUGAUUUACAGUGCAAGAAUCACAGUCUGUUACGGCAAACCUUCCUUAUAGCUCACAGCCAUCACAUUAACCGCUGUGUGCGUCCAUCGUUCAGGAUCGCAGAAGCAUAAAGUGACCACCAUAGUGCUUGCUUACUCUAACAUUGGCAGUCUAAUUAUUGUUUCAGUGCUUUUUGUCAGACGCAAACUCAUAAUUAUUUUCUCUGUCUUCAUGUUAAAAGACUCGAUGGCCCAAAUAUUUUCAGCGGGAUUUCAGGGGUGAAAAUAAAAGAUAUUUGUGUGAAAGCUAUGAGCAAACUGUCCUACUGGGUAUUGGAAUAACUUGUUUUGCCUUUUCUAUAAAUACCCUCGGAAUAUGAAUAGAUAUCUUUGUCUCUGAUCGGAUGGUUGUAUGUAUGCCAUCGAUUAAAUGUUUCCUUCAUGUUUACUUAUUUUGAACAUAACCACUAAUGUAGCCUAUCUGUUUGUGAAUGCAAGAGGUGAAGCUUACAUUUCAGUUCAUUUUUUGUGAGUUAUUUGGAAAUGGCAAAUAAAGUGGAUAUUACUAAUAACA